AUGUUGAUCUCGUCUCUUGCCGAGGAGGUCCUUUACCUUGCGAUCGGCCACAACACCUCCAGAGGAGUAUGGGUCGCGACAGAAACUGCCCUGGGGUCUACCUCUCGUUCCCGCACGUUGAGCCUGUUAACGCAGCUACAGGGCCUUCAACAAGGUGAUUCGUCAACGUCCAAAUAUCUAGGACGGGCGCAAAUCGUUGUCGAGCUACUUGCCCAGGCUGGUCGUCCGAUCGGCUUAGAUGAACAAAACCUCCAUGUGUUCCGGGGGUUGCGGCCGGAGUUCCGGUCCUUAGUGGCGUCGCUGACUACCAAGAGCCAACUACUUACAAUUCCAGAAGUUGCGGACCUCCUAAACACUCACCGCUACCUCUUCCCGGAAGACGCCGUACCUACUGGAUUCCCUCAGCCGGCAGUCAUGGUUGCCCAGCAAGCUCCGUCACAUCCCAGAAACAAUCACGACGACGGUCGUGGACGAGGCCGGAACCAUAGGGGCCAGCGGGGGAGAGGUCAGCGCGGUCGAGGAGGCAUUAGGUGCCAAAUAUGCGAUAUUCCAGGCCAUACGGCCCUGACGUGCUACCGAAGGUUUGAAGAUUUCGGUGGCCAGCGCCUUCCUCCCGCACAAUCUGGAGUCCAUACAGCGCCCCAGCCCCAGGCCCAUGUCGCGUACCAACAGCAACAGCAUGAUCUCACCACCGCGCCCUUUUCGAAUAUAUGGCUGCCUGACACAGGGGCCAAUGCCCAUGUGACUCCAAAUGUUAACGGCUUAGCAGGCGUUGAGACAUACACAGGAGGUGACACACUUCAAGUAGGGGAUGGCUCAGGUUUGGAUAUACAAAACACAGGUUCUGUUUCUUUAAAUACACAGUCUCGGUCUUUGUUUCUAAAGCACGUAUUACAUGUUCCAAAAUUACGUGCAUCUCUUUUAUCUGUCCAAAAGUUUACACGUGAUAAUGACGUGUACUUUGAGUUUCACCCCGACUAUUUUCUUGUGAAGGACCGUACCACUCAGCAAACUCUACUUAGGGGUCCUAGCACGGGCGGGAUGUACACGUUGACUCUACCUAAACCAGUUGCCUACUUGUCAGCUAAAGCGUCUCCAAAAAUAUGGCAUGAACUCCUCGGUCACCCACACUCUCGUGUCUUACGAUAG